AUGCCAAGUGGGGCUCCGGUGCCUGUGGAACGCGAAACGUACGGAGAGGCCACACAACUUCCAUCUGUUGGGGAUUUGCUGAUAUGGAGUCGCACUGAGGAACUGCCGUACGGGCCUCUUGCUGCUGUGACUCGUGUCUCCGAGAAAUGGGUUUGUGUUGCGGAGCAAAAUUACGAGUUUAGGUGCUGGCAGCGUGGGAAAAACUACAGCCGCCGAUUUGCUUGUGGGAGAAGCGAGGCCGGGGUGACCGAGUGCUUUGGUGAAUCCCACCUGCUGGGCUGGAUAACUGUACAGGCACCUCCGUACGACUUUUCUUUUGGCGAUCUGCCAGACAAAUAA